ACAGAGCUGGGAUAGUAGAUCUCCUCGAAGUCAUUCAGUUCGGAGAUAGUCUAAUUAAAAUGUUCAAGUUUGUGUUCUUACUCGCGGUAUCAGCAGGCUGUGCUUGGGGCCAGACUGCCGACUAUUGUGCUACAUCCUUGUGUAAUGGAUCCAAGCACAUUGCUUGUGGAAACAAUGGGGAUUAUGCAUCAACCUGUGCAGCAGAUAAGAAGUUAAUAGAUAUCAGCUCCUAUAAAAAUACAAUCGUUGACAAGCACAACGGAUACAGGAAUACCGUCGCCGCUGGAAAUCUACCUGGCUUCCUCUCAGCAGUUAGGAUGGGAACUAUGCAAUGGGAUGAUGAGUUGGCAUCCCUCGCGGCAUUGAAUGUCAAACAAUGUGCCAUGAAGCACGAUGCAUGCCGCAACACUGACCGCUUCAAGUGGUCUGGACAGAACUUGGCCUGGUACUGGAGUAUACCAGCAGCUACCGUUGACAAGGCAAUCAAUAAUGGAAUCGACAGUUGGUUCAAUGAAUACAAGGAUGCUACCAUGGCCCAAAUUGACAGCUACUCAUCUGGAACGGCGGUUAUCGGACAUUUCACCCCAAUUGUCAAUGAUCGUAACAUCCGUGUUGGAUGCGCUCUUUUGAGCCAAACCAACAAUGGCGGUACCGAAUACUUCUUCGCUUGCAACUAUGCCCAGACCAACGUUUUGAACAGGAAGAUCUACACAAGUGGUACCACCGCAUCCCAAUGUACCACUGGCACAAACCCCAGUUACCCAGCAUUGUGCUCUGUUUCGGAACCAAUUGACCCUAAUGUCGUUUAAUUAACUAUUUCCGAAGGAAUUGAUUAAAGAUAAAAUAUACCCUCAUCAAAUAUUGCACUGGAAAA